AUGGGCAAUCAAGUAGGAGUAAAAUUCUGCCAUUUGGAUAAUGCUUUCGGUGAUGGUGUCGGUGUGCUAUCCGCAUUGGUGAUUUAUAGGAUCAUGAUCAAUUGCAUUGAUGAUUUGGUUAAAAAUGUGUUUCUUAAGUGGUCAUGGGCUGAUACAGGAAUGAAGGACAUGAAGGGAGAGUUUGGUAGUAUAUCUAGAAAAGGGUUUGGUUUGAGGUCGAGAUCACUAAAAUUGGUCGAGGACGAUUCUAUGAUCAUUGUUGAUGCGUUGAAGCAGAGUUGUUGGGCCAACAUGCCGCCGGAGUUGUUGCGGGACGUGUUGAUGAGGAUCGAGGCAUCCGAGUGUACCUGGCCUCCUCGGAAGAAUGUGGUGUCUUGUGCCGGAGUUUGUAGGAAUUGGAGAGAAAUCAUGAAAGAAAUUGUUAAGAACCCAGAACUUUCUGGCAAAUUGACUUUCCCCAUAUCACUGAAACAGCCUGGUUCAAGAGGAUCUCUAAUACAAUGCUAUAUAAAGCGAAACCGAAGCGCUCAAACAUAUCAUCUCUACCUCAGUUUGAAUCAAGCAUCAAACGAUGAUGGGAAGUUCCUUCUUGCUGCAAAAAAGUGUAGACGUGCCACAUGCACAGAUUAUAUAAUAUCUCUCAGUCCAGAAGAUGUAUCAAAAGGGAGUAGCACUUACAUUGGAAAAUUAAGAUCAAACUUCCUUGGGACAAAAUUCACCAUCUAUGAUGCACAGCCUUCAAAUGGUGGAGUUUUGGCAACAAAAUGCCGUUCCUUCAGACCAGGGAGUAUGAAAAGAGUGUCGCCCAGAGUUCCUGCUGGAAACUACCCGGUUUCCCACAUUUCAUAUGAGCUCAAUGUCUUGGGGUCCAGGGGUCCGAGAAGGAUGCAAUGUGUGAUGAAUGCAAUCCCUGCAAGUGCCAUGGAGCCAGGAGGAGUGGCUCCAACACAAACCGAGUUCCUGGUGAACAAAACGGAUUCGUUUUCAUCUGUCCCCUUUUUCAGAUCAAAAUCUGCAGGCAUGGGAAUGGAGAGUUGUGAAUCCCAUUUGCUGAUGCUGAAGAACAAGGCGCCCAGGUGGCAUGAACAGCUACAAUGCUGGUGCCUCAACUUCAACGGGAGGGUGACAGUUGCUUCGGUUAAAAACUUUCAGUUGGUGGCUUGUAGUGGGGAGGAGAAUGGAGAGGAUGUGAUUGUACAGUUUGGGAAAGUUGGAAAAGAUGCAUUCACCAUGGAUUAUCAGUACCCGAUAUCAGCCUUUCAGGCCUUUGCUAUAUGUCUUAGCAGCUUUGAUACUAAAAUUGCCUGUGAAUAACCAACCUCCCAACCUUGCUUAUGGAGGAGGAUGAGGAUACUUGCAUUGUUUUUUUUUUCCUUGUUCCUGUUCCUGUUGUUGUAUAUGUAUAUAUGCAUGCAUCGUAACAUAUCACCAGACAGAUAGAUAAUUGCUUGCCUAUUUUACCUAGAUGCUCUCUCUAAAUAUGGCUUUCUAUUUAAUAUUUAUGCACCCUCUACUCUCUAUUCAUCAAACGUUUUCAGGUAAC